AUGGUCAAAUACGAACACACGGCACAACAGCCGAUUGACGGAUCUGAAGAAGACGCUGCUUCAAAGAUUACUGAGCUCGAGGUUGCUAACAGUCCGAAUGCUUCUUCUCCUGUUUUUGAUCAUUGGCAAUCACGCAAUCCUCCGAUUUCAGCAGCACAUCGAAGCAUGAAGAGGAGUAUUGACUCAAAAUCAUCCACAUCUGUCCAGGCGCUGAAAUCCAAGAUCGCUGAGACGGAGACAAAGCUGUCUGAUACCAUCCGCCAGAUCUCUGAGCUUCCGUUGUGUCCUACGCAAGCAGUGCCAACAUCUACCUCCUCAGACUUGCAGUUCCGGGGGGUCCAAGUCGAGCUGACUGAUAAUGAUCAAGCCGCAUUAUCCUACUCAAACCACGUCUUUUCACGACACAUCUCUUUGCUCAAGAAGUACAACGAGAUUAAAGACAUCACCCAGGGAAUGCUGUCAAUCAUCGCCGAGAAAGAAGGACGACGAAUGGCAGAGAUCAUGGAGGAGUAUGGGCUGGACGAGAAGGAUUGA